CACGAAGAUGUUUAAACUAUUAUCAAGGUUUAUUCCAUCGGAGUUCUAAAUAAUAGACUCCUCACACACAAAUUCGACUCCGUCUUUCGCAGGCGCAGACGACAAUUUUUUCUCCAAUACAACUCUUUGUGCCGUUAGUCUUUCGUUGCAUUACCGUAUUCUGGCUUAGCUGUAAUUUAGAAUUCAAUGUUCACAUGGGCUGUUGUCAAUAUACAAAUUGAAGAUGCCCAAGGUCGGACGUCCAAGGAAACGAAAGCGUGAUGAUGACGAUGGAGAUUAUGAUUUCGAAGAGGAAUUGAAAAAAAAUAAGGUGGAAGUGGUGACUAUAGAUCGACGAACGCGGGUAAAGCACCUGAAAGCUCUUUUGAAGAGAAGCAAUUUCUAUGCAAACUCGUUGCUUACAAUCAUAACUGAACAGCAGAAAAAACAUGAAGUUCGUACAAGGCGGAAACUUAAAAAAAGAAGAAAACAGAUGAAGAAAAUUGAGUCGCAGAUACUCAAAUAUUAUGGCAAGAGGUACACAGAGAUUCCCACGCCAUACAGGUAUUGGUUGAAAUCUGAAGAAGAUCAAGUUAGUUUCGGAGAAAAAAUAUGCUUCAGAGUUGCAAGGACGUGCAGUCAUUUGGUCAAAAAGGUUCACAGAAUGAUAAAAUUCGACAAGUAUACGAAAAUAUCGUCAUCCGAUAAUGCCGAUAUCAAACAAAUGGCUGACAUGUUUUCUAACAACCCACAAAAUAUUUUUGAAACAAUUGGUAAAACUGGUUCUACGAUGGAUACAGAGUCUGUAAUUUCAUAUAGAGUAAUCCAGAAUACAUCCACUGAAAUUGACUUCGUACAUUCAAGGGAUUCACCCUCAUUUGAAGAAAAUGUCAUAGAAGAAAAAAUUACGAAUGUGAAAACUAAUUCUGAUGAUUUCAAGUCUUGUAAUUCGAUAUCAUCUGACAGUGAAUCUGAUUCAGACGAUCGAACUUCUAUGUCCUCGAAGCCAUCAAAUUCCUCAAAAUCGAGCUUUGAAAGCAGAAUAGAUGGCAAAAUUGUUGACAAAUUGUUACAUGACAUGAUAGAUUCUAUUUGUGUGGAAAAAAUGCCACUGGGAGAUCCUUCAAAACCAUUGUACUCUUCAAAGUCUGACGUUGAAAACAAGAUGAAUACAAAAAUUGUGGAAAAUUUACUGCAGGAACUGAUAUAUUCUGUUUGUGUGGACAAAGUGCCACUGAUUACCUCCGCAAAACCAUUCACUUUAACAUCUAGUAUUGAAAGCAAAAUAAAUGAAGAAAUUGUAGAGGACUUAUUGAAUAAAUUAUUAAAUUCUAUUUGUUCAGAAGAAAUGGCAGCGUCACACACUAAAUCAUGUGAACAUCUCUCUAAUGAUGAUGUAAAUACAGUCAAAUUUAAAUUUGAUGAGGAACAAGCUGUUGAUAAAACUCCGGACCCAAAAAGUAGUAAUUACACAAGCAAAAUGGAACCUACAAAAUGUCGCAGACACAUUGACAUGAAUGCCAACGCUGUACUCACUUCAGAGUCUCAUAUUGUGGACAACCUUAUUGUAAAUACUUCUGAUAAAUUUGUCUCAAAACCGGCUACAGAUUUAGCAAUGAAUGAAGGUAAUUUUGAGACAGAGUCCGAGAAGCAAUUGAAGGACUUGAGCACAAAUAAUGAUGAUAUCAUCCAAGCGAGAAUCAUAAAUAUAGUCAGCUCACCGAAAUUUGAAGGAAUCUCCCCAAACGAAAAUAAUUCUUGUUUGAAUAGUCAAUCAAGCCAGACAUCAAAUUCUACUACCUCUAAAGUUCCAUGUCCAGUUUGCUGCAAGCUUAUGAGUGAAAAUAAAAUAAAUGAACAUCUUGAUAUAUGUUUGUCUGGAGGUGAAAGAAGGGAAUCACUGCGUGCAUCUACACCAGCUCAGAAUAAAAUGGUACCAAGAAAAAAGAGAGCUACUAAAAAGUCAAAUAUUGUAACAAAUCCAGAUGUCUGCAGCUCGGAUAUGUCUAAUCAAAAAGCUACACAAGAAAUUAUUCAAGUUGGCAGUUCAAUGGAGAGAGAAGAAACCUUUGUAGAGCAUUGUAUUAAAUCACCUGUAUGUAAAAGACGCAAAAGAGAAAGUAUUUCUGAGAAAGAGGAAACUUCUGGGAUUUUGGAAAAUGCCAAACUUAAAUAUAUUAAUGCUACAAGUUGUAACCUUCCUGAAGCUUGCUCCAAUGAUAAGAAAAAGGACCUUAAGUUUGCCCCUCAGAUUGAUUCAACAUGCGAAGAAAGAUUCUCAGAAGAGCUUGUAAUAGAGAAGGAUAUAUUGGAGAGUAGCACAAGUGUUGAGAUGACAAGAGAUUCUUUGAUGGAGGAUGUUAACAACGGAGUUCCUGAUUUGGAUGAUUUGUUGGGUUAUGGUGAGGAACCAGAAGCUAUUGCGGAAGAAUCCUCAGAUGAAGAGGAAUUUGAGUUUAUUCCUCCCACUGAAGUCAGAAGAUCAACAAGGGCUUCUAGAUGUAGAAAAUCAUUCAAAGAGUACAGUGACGAGGAGGCAGAUGAGGAAGAGGAUAGUGAUGAGGAGUUGGUUGAGAAACGUGAGAAAAUAUUGAGUAAGAAACAAAGGAAAGUUGAGGAAAUGAGUAAUAUAAAGAAAGUAAAAGAGAAAAAGCAGAAAACGAAGGACAUGUACUCUGUUGGUGAUAUUAUUGAAGUGAAAUGGGGAAAAGAUGAAUCCAUGGUUCUAUACAAAGCUAAAAUUUUGGACCGAUGUCCAACUGAUGAUGAUGAUUGGACAUAUCUUGUACAUUAUAUAGGAUGGUCUGAUAGUUUCGACGACUGGAUUCUUACAUCUGAUAUUAACUCAGUCAUAGAAUCUUUUGAUGAGGAUUGUGAGAAUUCAAGUUCUGCUCUUGUUCCUGGUUCUGAUGAAAUACUAACUGAAGAAGAUAAACGAGUUCUUGAUGGAAAAUUCUAUAUGCCAGGAUCUGGGAAAUCAGCCCCAAAAAGCAUGUUAAAAGAAAAAAAUGGUGUCAGAUACUACAAUGAUAUUGAAGUUAGUGCCGCUCAACCGAAACUUUUUACGGGAGGCGUGUUGAGAGAUUAUCAGAUCACAGGAUAUGAAUGGAUGAAAACUCUUCUAGAAAACAGUGAAAAUGGGAUCCUUGCAGAUGAAAUGGGACUUGGGAAGACAAUUCAGUGUAUUGCUAUUGUAGCAAGAAUGAUAGAAACUGGAAUCACCGGACCAUUCCUGAUUUGUGCACCAAUGUCUACCAUUCAAAAUUGGUUCCUUGAAUUUAAAAGAUUUGCUCCUAAGAUUCCUCUAUUGCUUUACCACGGCACUGCAGCAGAAAGAGGAACCCUCAGUUUAUGUAUGGUGCAACGUGAAAAGAAAUUGAAAACAAAACCUGUUGUCAUAACAACGUAUGAUGUACUCAUGCGUGACAGAAUGGUUCUGCAGGUUCAUUCAUGGAGUUACAUGAUCAUCGAUGAAGGACACAGGAUAAAAAAUUUAAAAUGUAAACUCUUGAAAGAACUAAAGUAUAUUGAGUGUCAAGCGAGAUUGCUUCUUACUGGUACACCUCUGCAAAAUAAUUUAUCUGAAUUAUGGUCUUUAUUGAAUUUUUUGCUUCCUGAAGUAUUUGAUGAUCUGAGAACCUUUGAAACCUGGUUUGAUUUGGAUCGGUUGCAGAAGGACAAGAAUCUUUUGUCAAUGAUACACAAGAUUCUCACCCCUUUUUUACUCCGUCGUAUGAAAUGUGACGUCGAUUUGAAGAUUCCACCUAAAAAGGAACUGACUAUAUACGCUCCACUUACUUCAAAACAAGAACGAUUUUACAGAGCGUUGGUGGAUAAAUCAAUAUUUGAAUUAAUGCACCAGAAAGAGUAUUAUCAGACAACAAUCGGUGUUGCUGAUCCUGAUUUGAUUGCACAAAAACAAAACAGUCAAGAAUUAUUACCAGGUGUUUCUUUCAUGAAAAGGCGAUCAGCAAGAACUAAAGGUUGUAUAAUCAAGAAUGGCUCAACGCAACGUGAAUCUAUCGUCAGCAAUAUGUCAAUGAGUAAUAUUAUCAUGCAAUUGAGAAAAUGUUGCAAUCAUCCUUAUCUUAUUGAAUAUCCAAUAGAAACGAGGACAGAAAAUUUAAGGAUUGAUGAAGAUCUAAUUUGUACUUCUGGAAAGCUUAGAAUUUUAGAUCAAUUACUUCCAGAGUUGAAGAAACGAGGACACAAGGUUCUGCUUUUUAGUCAAAUGACAAAAAUGCUGGAUAUUUUGCAAGAUUAUUGUGAACUUCGAGGAUAUUACAAUGUAAGAAUUGAUGGGCAAAUGGGCAGAGAUGAAAGAGUCAAAAGUAUGAAUGAUUUCACAAUCGAUCCUGAAAUUUUUCUCUUUCUUCUAUCUACAAGAGCGGGAGGCCUCGGAAUAAAUCUUACUGCCGCUGAUACAGUGAUAUUAUAUGAUUCAGACUGGAAUCCACAGAAUGAUGCACAAGCGCAAGAUCGUUGCCAUCGUAUUGGGCAGGUACGACCUGUUGUUGUGUAUAGGUUGAUUACAGCAAGCACUGUCGAUCAACAAAUUGUUGAAAGAGCAUCGAAGAAACUGGCAUUAGAGAAAGUUAUUAUGCAUAAGACACUAUUCAAGGGCAAUCUUGAACAGGAAUUAACUGAUAAAGCCAGAAUACAUCCAGAAGAGUUGCUCCAUUUGCUACAAUCUUCCAAGGAAUCAAGCGAUAAAGAUGACAAUUCCUCUGGUAUACUUAGCAAAGAAGAAGUUGAUAAAUUACUUGAUCGCUCAGAUAUGUGGAAAAGUAUGGAGUCCUUAUGAAACUGUGUUUCAAAUAUAAGCUUGUUGGGACGUAUUUCACAAAGAAAUCAUUCUUUAUCUGCUGUAAUAUAUUCAGAACGAAAAAAACCUUUCUUUUUCGUCAUAAAAACUAAGAUACUUGUGUUUUUGCUAAUGUGGUGUUUGAUAUUGCACUUUGAUUGUUUUUGAGUACAGAGUUUUUGUUUUAGAUAAUAGGUACCGUUGUUUCGAGUUCGUAUAUAUAUAUGUAUAGUAAAACAGAUUAAAAAAAUUUAUGAUCGUUGUUAGAAUUUAGAUUAUUUGUUCGUUUUUGUUAUUUUUUUCAAUGAAUUGAAUGGAAUUGUUACGCCUCGCUGUUGUCUGUUAAAAGAGUUUAUUCCUGUUUUUCAAAUGUUUUAUUUAUCAAAGUUUUCAAAGUAAAAUUUAUUAUCUUUCAAAUGUCUCAGCUGGUUUGAAGGCGGCGAAAAUUCUAUUAGUAUUAGAAAUGGACUUUUCCCCUAGAAUUUAUUUCCUUGUAUUCUCGUAAUAUUUGCCAAUCAGUGACGUGACAACUGGCAUUUUUGUAGGCCCUCUGAAAAAUUUUUUUUUCAAUCGGACAGAUUUUCGGACAUAUCUUGUCAUAAUAUUCAGUUGCACCGAAGCUCCAGUGGUCUAGUAGGCUAAGUCUGCAAAUGUACUGAAAUUUAAAGAUCGCAUGUAAACGAAAUUUGUGAGCGCCACUAAGCGAAAAAUAACGUCGCAAGAUUUGCACUCCGUAUGAAGUAAGGAGAUUUUUUCUGUGGUCAAGCGUCGACUAAACGUUUAUUAUAUCUAGACUAGACCGUUUUCAUAAGUAUGCUCUGGCGUUUUAUAUAUUGUGAUCGUUUUGAAUCGGUAAGAGAAAUUUUGAUCGUAGAAAACGUGAACAGAUUUUGUUAUCGGUGCGGCUCAUUCUGUUCUAGUAUGCCAGAAUCUUUAGUUUUUAGUUCUUUAUUAACAGUAGAACGAAUAUAUAAAAAAUAUUUUGUACAGCAAACUGAAUAUAAUUUAUAUACUAUACCGAGACCAAGUCCUGUUAGAAGUAUCCACAUGCGACCGAGAGAGAUAUUUUUGAAACAUAGGUAUCUACAAUUUAGUGU